AUGCGAGUCUCCUAUAGGGAAGAAGGCCACCGGCCUGCUGGUAUCGGUUCUGAACCACGACGCAGAACACUGUUGGCGCCCCGUGUGUUUUCUCCCGAGGGUCCACUCGGCCAAGGAAAACGCAUGCAAAAUAUACAAGAGCUUUUCGUUUUCGACCACGACUCUGUGACGAGUGUCGCUCCGCAGAUGCAAUUCAUCCCUUCAGCCUCCGUCCCUGUGGAAACGAGCGAGUACGUGAGCUUCUGGCGUUCGAAAUUGCGAGAGCUGCUAACUUGCGACUACGCCCACCAUGUGGCUGCAGCACCGCUGUCUCGGCGUUGUGGGCUGCACCACGAAAAAGUGGUGGAAGGAACGCGAACACCUGCUGCAGAAGAUGUGGUAAUGCAGCACGGGGAGCCGGAUUCGCAAAAGAGCGAGAGCCCAAACGACAGCGAUCAAGGUGAACAAGGUCAAGGCGAACAAGUUCAAGAAGAUGUUGCUCCUGCCACCGCGGACGAAAAACAGGAGGGGUUUUUUACCUCUACGUCUACUUUUAUCUCCACGCUGUCAAGUCUGCAUGCGGUCCAACUUCAGCAAGUCGCGAAAAUGGAGGACCAUUUGAAGGCCAACUUGAAACUGGAAAAGAAGCUGAAGGUAGCGCGCAUGGCGCAGGCAAUCCUGUUGUGGAUCGCGGGGAAUAUGCUCA